AUGGCCAACUCUACUUUGGAAUACGCCUCGACGAUAUUUAUGAGAAUGGUGUCUGAUGACAACGGCUCUGAUUUUUUCGUCGGCAGUGUCUUGGCUUCAACAUGGGUGUUUCUCCGUGGCCUCGUCACAUGGGAUAACUUUUGGAAACUGUCAGCAUUGACUCUCAUUCUUGUGAAUCUCAAGGUCUUCCCAUUUAUCUAUCAUCUACGCAUUCUCAACGCUGUCCGCUUCGUUCUGCGAUCUCAAAGGCCAAAGCGCGAUGUCACUCCUGAACAACUCUUCCAACCGCUCAUCACAUCGUCCAAAGCUUGCCUGAUGGAAAUCGACGUUUUGGGCCACAAAUCCAACAGUACAUACUUUGCCGAUACCGAUGUUGCGCGAGCUCACCUCAUCACUACAAUGUUUGGGAAUGGCAUUGCCAAAAUACGAGGAAGUACGACCAUGAAUGGCCUGAGUGGGAAGCCAUCAAGCCAAUUCACAGUCGCGCUGGGUGCCGUGAGUUGCACAUUCAAGAAGGAGCUGUCGCCGUAUGAGACAUACGAUAUGUGGACGAGGAUCCUCUCGUGGGAUGACAAGUGGGUCUACAUCGUCACCCACUUCGUCACGCGAGGAUCCAAGAUCGGGCCCCAACACUGCUCUCUGUAUCCUCACCAAGACCGGCAACGACGACCCAAAGACGGAAAGCCGAAGGUUGCGUCGCCCAUCAAGGGCACUACCGCCACCAACGGACCGACCCAAUCUCCCAUCAGGGCUUCGACGCUAAGCAAGAUCGUCUUCAAAAACGGUCGCAUCACGAUUCGACCGCAAGAGAUGCUGGAAGCCUCGAAUCUGCUACCGAAGUCGGGUCGCGACGCAACGGCGGGAGGGAAACAAACAUCAGCGCUGCGUGAGGCCAUUGAGGCAGAACGACUGCGCGGUUUGCAACAAGCCAGCCUCCUUGCUAAUCAAAUUGGGCUCGAGAACGAAUUCCGGGGUGAUGUUGCACUUGGACGGCACUAUGACGGAUUUGGUAUUGAAGGCGUCGUUGCGACUCUCGCACAGCUGGGCAAGCUUUCUCCGUACCAACUUAUAUGA